AUGUUAAAAUCAAAUUUUUGUACAAACUAAAACUAACAAUUAAUCCAAGUAUGUUGAACUGAAAAGGAAAACACAUAAAAUAAAAACACACAUUACAUUCCGCGAAUGCAAAGUGCAGGAAAAGUACAACAAAUAAUUCGCCGCAAAAUCAAGCCAAGCAUUAAUCGAAAUCAAUAAACAUUUUUCUUCACGUUACAAAAAUAAAGCAUACAAAAUUGUACGAAGGUAAUAUUUCGUGGAAGGCGCGAAAGGAAUUGGAGAAGUUGGUGGCAACUGUUGGAGCAGCUGCUGAAUUUCCCAAGAGAGGGUGGAGCCUUAAGGGUGGACUGUGGUGGUGCAAGGAGCAACAAAGAGAGAAUUCAUCAUGUUGUCGCGCGUGCAAGAUUUUCUGUCACGCCAUCGACGUAAAUUGAUUGUAACCGGAGUCCUGGUGGGUGGUACCAUCUAUGCGGCUCGCUAUGCCCAGCGCAAGCUGGUGGAGUACCAGGAGCGGCAGGCCCGCGAGUUCUUUGAGCGAACACGACGCGUGCAUCACUUUGAGUCGACGGAGCGCACCUGCAACCAGGUGAUACUCGGCAUGGGCGAGGAGAUGUGCCAGGCGGUGUUGGCCGAGUGCAGCACGGACGAGCUGCUCGAGCAGCUGCGCCAGAACCCGGCCAACAAGUUGGAGCUGUGGGAGCAGAUGAAAAUUGUAUCGUUCACGCGACUGGCGACAUUUGUGUAUGCCUCUUCCAUGCUGGUGGUUGCGCUGCGCGUCCAGCUCAAUCUGCUCGGCGGCUAUAUCUAUCGGGACAUUAUGACGGAGCAGCGGCAAAUCACCGAUGAACUGAAGCAGCAGUACUUGUCACUUAUCCGCCACUUCAUCACGUUCGAUGGCAUCCGGGAUCUGGCCCGUUUCAUACGCACCCAGGUGGUGGAGGUGCUGAAGACGAUGCCGUUGACACGUCAAUUGACUUUGGCCGAUACGGGGCAGAUAUUCUGGUCACUGCAGAUGGCCAUCAAUGGGGACACACGACACGACCCCAAUGCACACAUGAGCAAGUAUCUGUUGCCGGAUCAAAUACGGCUGCAGCAGAGAUCCGAUUGCUCGCCGCUACUGCAACAGAUGUACAACGAGACGCUCGAUCUGCUGGAGAGCGAGGAGUGCAUUGGUGUCUGUGCGCAUAAUGUGAGUCGCGGCUUUGUGCUCAGCUGCGAUGCCAUUGCCGAGUCUAUGGGGCAGACCUUGCAGCAUCUAGCGCCUGGCGAGCUGCAGAAUCAACAGCCAUUGGGCAGUUCCAGCAGUAAACCGAGCAACAAUAACAAUCUAUUAAAUAUUAAUACGGUGCUGCUGGCACUGGCCAAAUUGAUACCCAUCGUGAGUGGACUCACCUCGCAUGGCUAUGAUGCCACCGCGAGGCCACAAAAUCUGCCCACCCAGUUGCUCAGCUUCUACGUGGUAUCGGAGAAGACGAAACUGUUGGGCGCCAAUGUUUACGAGACCUUCAGCUCUGGCUAAGCGGAGCAAUCCUAAUUGUAAAUUGUGCUAAGCUAAGAAUAUACCAUAUAGACGAUAUAUAUAUAUAUAUAUAUAUGAACAGAUCCGAUCUUGUGUUUAGUUUUAUGUGCAUGUGUUUGUAAGUCGUAGCUAAGUUAAGGAAAAUUAAAUGCAAAGGGAUUAGCUUAAGGCAACCAAAAUUGAACGAAACAUUCGAAACAACAGUAACACGAGAAGGCCUUUAAAAAACAUAUGUGUAUGGAAAAAUAUUGAAGAGCGAGUUUUUAUAAUAAAUCGAAACAAAUUAUAAGCAAGCAAA